GGCGUCUCUCUCGCUCUCUGAUUUUGGUUCUCAAAACCAAAACCGAACCGAUCAUCUUGUUUCGUUCCUACUCAGUUGUGAAUUCUUCUCUACUCUAGUGUUUGGUCUCUGUCAAUCCAAUUGCAUCUCGUCUGGGUUGUACUGGAACUGGAAGCAAGUUUAUAAUCUGAAUAUCAUCGCCUCUGAAUUCAUACUUGUGGAAUUCUUCUUCAUCUAGGUGAUGGUGUCCGAUGCGCGUCUCUCUGAUUUUGUUUCUAAAUCCGAUCAUCUCCGUACAUUCUUCUAGGGUUUUGGUUUCUGGAGGAUGCUACGAUUGAUCGCUGAUGGGCUUUGAAUGAUCGUUGUCACUCUAAUUCGUGUUAUUCUUCUAGGGUUUUGGAUUAAUCAGUGAUGGCUUAGAUGAAGAGUGAAGACUCUUCUCCUGGACUACAUACAUCUUCAGGUUUUGGAUGAUGCGAUCAGUUAUGGCUUUUCUCUGUGCCAACAUCUUCAGGGGUAUUUCAGAAGCGAGUUAUGAUAAAGAUCAUCGCGUAUUAAUUCUUCUCGUUGAUACGUCUUCAGGCCACAGGUUUUUGGAUGAUGCGAUCAGUUAUGGCUUUUCUCUUUGCCAACAUCUUCAGGGGUAUUUCAGAAGCGAAUUAUGAUACGUCUUCAGGCCACAGGUGUUUUGGAAUCAAAUUUUUGAUCCGAUCAUCAUCAUCGCUCUGUAUUUCCCACACUUCUCCUACGGAGGAAUUAAAGGAAUAGGAUCAGUGUCUCUUGAUGCUUGGGUUGAUGCUAUGCUUGAUGCUAAAGAUGUAAUUGUCUAUUAUGAUAAAGAUGCAGAGGACCGAGAGAUUAAUGUUUUGGAUGAUGCUUUUAACAAUCAGUGAUGGCUUUGACUGAUCAUCCUCUAGCGUUCUCAUGGGUUAAAAUAUGGCUUAGAGACAACGCAGCAGAUCACAACGCUCUCUCUCUCGGUUCCUAGUUUGCAGAAUGCUAUCUGUUACUAAGAUCCCAAUUCAUGAGAGGCUAUAAAGAUUUCUCUUGAUGAGCUCCAGAAGGUCUCAGUCUGAUUUUGGAAACCAAUUAUUUGUUUAAGGUGGUGCUGCAUACUUCAGAUCUUCUAUCUAGGGUUUUGGAUGAUGCGAUCAGUGAUGGCUUUUCUCUGUGCCAACAUCUUCAGGGGUAUUUUAGAAGCGAAUUAAUUCUUCUCCUUGAUAUGUCUUCAGGCCACAGGUGUUUUGGAAGCAAAUUUUUGAUCGGAUCAUCAUCCCUCCCACUUCUCCUACGGAGGAAUGAAAGGAAUAGGAUCAGUGUCUCUUGAUACUUGGUGAUGCUAUGCUUGAUGCUAAAGAUUGUCUAACGUCAUAGGUUUUGAUAAAGAUGCAGAGGACCGAGAGAUUAAUGUUUUGGAUGAUGCUUUUAACAAUCAGUGAUGGCUUUGACUGAUCAUCCUCUAGCGUUCUCAUGGGUUAUAAUAUAUGGCAUUGGAGACAACGCAGCAGAUCACUACUCUGUCUCGGUUCCUAGUUUGCAGACUGCUAUCUGUUAUUAGAUCCCAAAUCAUGAGAGGCUAUAAAGAUUUCUCUUGAUGAGCUCCAGAAGUUUCUUAUCGACAACAGUCUUCCUGAUGAUAAUAUUGUUUUCUGAUGUAGCAGAAAAAGCAAGACGUGUAGGCGGGUCAACUCAUCAAGUUCCCAUUGAAAUAGGAUCCACGCAAGGAAAAGCACUUUCCGAUUUCAAUUUGCAGCUUGCUUAUGGACCGACGUGGUUAUUAUUAUAUAUGGGGAAGAGUACAUUAUUAAAUCGUUACAACUGUUGAUGCUGGUAAAGGAAAAUGUCUUGGUUGGACCAGAACGUGAUGGAAGUGUUACAGUUGUUCACCUCCUGGAGGAGACUUUUCAGAUCCGGUAACUUCUGCAACCCUUAGUAAUGUGCAGGUCUUCUGGGGUUUGGACAAAAAGUUAGGAUUAAUGUGUGGGAAGGUUUGAAGAGAGACAUCAGGUUACUAACUGGUCUCUUGCCAACUCUGUACAUUGGAAUUGAGUAAUGCGAACUCACAGUCACAGCUACAAGGUUGCCGACCAGACCAGAACUCGUAAUUCUUCUGUCCAUCGAAGACUGCAACAAGUUGAGAUGAUAUAUUGCAGGCUCCUAGGAUCAAAUCAAGUUGAGCUCUGAUACCAUGUUGAACUCUUGCUCAUAUCUUCAGCUUGCUUAUGGACCGACGUGGUUAUUAUAUAUGGGGAAGAGUAUAUUAAUAAAUCAUUACAAAUGUUGAUGCUGGUAAAGUAAAAUGUCUUGGGUGGACCAGAACGUGAUGAAAUUGUUACAGUUGUUCACCUCCUGGAGGAGACUUUUCAGAUCCUGUGACUUCUGCAACCCUUAGUAAUGUGCAGAUAUCAUCAAGAUCAGGACAAAGGCCAGAGAGGUGUUACAGAGGGAACAUGAUCUUAAUGAAAUUGUUCAGGAAAUGAUGCGCUAGCAGAAGGUGACAAAAUCAUCUUGGAAACAGUUAUCUGAGAUUGUGGAGGAUGCUUUGCUGGUCGGUGAUGGUUCUGAUGGAUUGUUGUCUUCUCUGCGCUACAUCUUCUUCAGUCGAGGUACCAUGAUUAAUGUGUAGGAGGGUUUGAAGAGAGAAACAUCAGGUUAACAGUAAUGUACCCUGUUGUUCACUUCUAUAAGAGAGAAGCAUCAGAUAACUAUCUGGUCUCCUGUAUCUAUGUCCGUACGGUGAUUUGUGACAAUAUCCAAACUGCCAGGGCUAUUGCUUUGGAGUGUGGAAUAUUAUCUUCAGAUGCAGAUGCCUCCGAGCCUUAAUACUCUGAGAAGUUGCUGCAACUGGAGAUGCCCCUGCAUUACACGAGGUCAGUCCGUACGGUGAUUUCCAUCUUGAGAUGCAUAUGCCUCCGAGCCUUAUACUCUGACAAGUUGCUGUCAGUGGAGAUGGGAAAAAUGAUGCCCCUCCUGCAUUACACGAGGCAGAUAUUGGUCUUGUUAUGGGAAUAGAAGUGGCUAAGGAGACUUUAAAGACUGCAACAAGUUGAGAUGAUAUAUUGCAGGCUCCUAGGAGGAUCAAGUUGAGCUCUGAUACCAUGUUGAACUCUUGCUCAUAUCUUCAGUCUGAGAGAAGACGAAGAGAGAGAGAGAGAGAGAGAGAGAGAAGAGAAACAAAGAUGAUGACUUCUCGAUCAAUUGUUCCUCAACAAUCCAUGGGUGAUGUUGUUGUUAUGGAAGAUGGCAAAAACGUUGCGAAAGGAAGAAACCGUCAAGUUCUUGGUGAUAUAGGUAAUGUUGUUCGAGGAAAUUACCCAAAGAACAAGCCGGCGAAGGUCAAUCAUCGUCCUCGUACACGGUCUCAGAAUCCGAAUCCCACACUUCUUGUGGAUGAGAAUCUCAAAAAACCUGUAGUCAAGAGAGUCGCAAUACCAAAGCCAAAGAAAGCAGCUGGGAAAUCAAAGGUUGUAGAGGUGAUUGAGAUAAGCUCAGACAGUGAUGAAGAACAUAGUUUAGUUGUUAUCCGAGAGAAGAAGGCAACUAAAAAGAAAUCAACCACUUACACAUCUGUUCUUACCGCUAGAAGCAAGGCUGCUUGUGGUAUAGAGAAGAAACAGAAAGAAGCUAUUGUUGAUAUCGAUUCUGCUGAUGCUAAGAAUGACCUUGCAGCUGUGGAAUAUGUGGAAGAGAUCUACCGUUACUACAAGUCUGUUGAGAGUGAAUGGAGACCACGAGAUUACAUGCAUUCACAACCUGAGAUUAAUGAAAAGAUGAGAUUGAUUCUGGUGGAGUGGUUGAUUGACGUACAUGUCCGCUUCGAGCUAAACCCAGAGACGUUUUACCUCACUGUUAACAUUCUGGAUCGGUUCUUGUCGGUUAAGCCAGUACCUAGAAAAGAACUGCAGCUAGUUGGUCUUAGUGCUCUUCUCAUGUCAUCUAAAUACGAAGAGAUCUGGCCACCACAGGUGGCGGACCUAGCUGAUAUUGCAGACCAUGCAUACAGUCACAAACAGAUUCAGGUGAUGGAGAAGACAAUACUGUCUACACUCGAAUGGUACUUGACAGUUCCAACCCAUUAUGUCUUCCUUGCUCGCUUCAUCAAAGCUUCCAUUGCAGACCAACAGAUGGUGAAUAUGGUGCACUAUUUGGCGGAGUUAGUGAUGCAUUACGAUACAACGAUAAUGUUCAGUCCAUCUAUGGUAGCUGCUUCUGCAAUCUACGCAGCAAGAUCUGCUCUUCACCAAAUUCCCAUUUGGACCAACACUCUCAAGCAUCACACUGGCUAUUCCGAGACUCAGCUCAUGGACUGUGCAAAGCUAUUGGCGUAUCAGCAAUGGAAGCAACAACAAGAAGGGAGUGAGAGUAAGGGAGCGUUACGAAAGAAGUACUCCAAGGAUGAACGCUUUGGUGUUGCUAUGAUUCCUCCGGCCAAAGCUUUGUUGACCGGAACUGAAUCUGCCUAGGAGUUUGGAACCCCCUUUAAGACCUUUUAAGAGGACAAAGAAGCUGAAGAACCAAGUCUAGUUUUAUUUUCCUUUUGAAAAUCAAGUCUAGUUUCAUUAGAUAAAAUAUUUUAUACAAGUCUAAUGAGUCACUUUGAAACCAAGUUCUUUAGUACACAUGAUUCAUUCCUCAACAAAAAGCAUUUGUUUCA